CCUCUUUCUUCAUUUGGUAAUCAGUGAAUUAAAUUAGCGGGCUCAUUUUGCUGGCUUCUUAAAAUAUGCCAUUCAGGCGUUAGUAGCACAGAGGCAGAAGCUUCAGGCUUUUCCGACCCUUAUGUCCUGCGCUCUGUACUCAAAGUACAAGCUCCGCCCAAUGCCAUCAAUGGUGCUUCCGUCACUUCUCUGUAAGCCAAUGCUACGUUGGAGAGCAGAGAUUGGCCCUUUGAGGCUAUGUUUAUACCUUGUAUUCAGCUGGAUUCAUGGCUGUGAAAUGCUCCAAGUUUUUUAAGUUUUUGGCUCCUGGGUUCAACACAAGACUUUUAUUAAAAGCUGCUUGGGAUCCUGGCAUGUUAGAGUUGGCAGGACUGUUGAUGGGGUGAUGUCUUUUGAAGAAGGUUGGGAAGAAUUUGUGAACCAUCAUGGCCUGAAACUUGGAGAAAUUUUGAUAUUUAAACACAACGGCAAAAGGGCAUUCAAUGUGGUUGCCUAUGAGGCACUUGGUAGUGAGAAAAGGUAUGAUUCCAAAGGAAAAAGCCCUUCAGAAGCAACUGCAUCCUCAACCUCAAGGACUUCGUUCGUGUGCACGAUGAAAAAAUCCCAUGGGGAUCCUCAUAAGGCUUACCUGACUAUUCCUGCGCGAUUUGCAAGAUCAAAUGGCAUUGUGGCCACAUCCAGAAUAAUUCUCAAAGACCCAUCUGGAAGAUCAUGGCCACUGAUCUUAAGUAGGUGGGAAAGCAUAUCCAGGGGCAGUCAUCGUAUAGCUAUCAGAACAAAUGGAUGGUACAAGGUUUAUGAAGCCAACAAGCUCAAAAAUGGAGAUGUCUGCACAUUCAACCUGAAACCGGUAUCAUCUAAGUCAGGUUCAAAAUCAGCACGUGUCAUGGAUGUCCAGAUAACCUGCGGUUGAUCCUAGUCCAUUGUAAAAUUUGUUGAUGUCCUUCGGAUUUUGAACAAUAUCAUCAAUCACCUAAGUUGCUGCUAUCAUGUUUGAUGGGUUUGUUGAUUCUGUGACGAGGUUAUCUAUCUAGCUCAUGCUGUAAUUCUUCUGCUGUUGCUAUCUAGCUAGAAGAGUGUAACUCUGAUGGAUGAAACCUCCUUUAUGCCUACUUUUGAAAUUGUAAUCUUUCCUUCUCAGUUUUA